UAUGACAUCAUCCUAUGACAUAUUAGUAUGACAUCAUUGCCAGUUAUGACAUGUUGUGACAUGUUGUGACAUAAUUAUUCACCUCAUGACAUCAUAAAUAACCCUCUGAAAUUUUCUUUAACUUCAGGUAUAUGACUGUUGUCAGCACCCGGAGUAGAUAAAACCAGAGAGAAGUAAAUAACGAAAUCUGAGAGAAAAAAACUGAUCACUCAGAAAAAAUGGCCCAAAUGAGGACAGAUCGUGAGGAAAUGGAUGCCAUCUUUGACGAAUCUGAAGAAAUUUCAGAAAUGUUUGGACAGGUCCAGCUGUUGAUGAAAAAACAGAAGGACACUAUCAAACAAAACGUCAAAAAAAUAAACAAUCUUGAGGUUGCCUUGGAGGAAAAGCUUGACCAACCAAAACAGAUGGACAAACUAGAGAGGCAGCAUCAGAUGGAAAUUUCUGAACUCAACAGCAAAAUAUCCAACUUGGAAAAAUCUCUCAAAGAAGAGAAAACCAGGACCAGCGAAACUAGGAACCUCUUAACCCAACAGCUGGAAGAAGUGGUCCAGAAAAAAGCUGUGUUGGCCGAUUCCGAACAAAAUCUUCAGCAACAGAAGAAGCAGUUGGAAAAAGAAAAAAAUUUUCUCAUCAAUGAGCAUCAGCUGGCCUUAUCAAAGGAAAAGAAACAGCUGGCAAAGGAAAGAAAAGAAUGGGAGAGAAAACAUUCUGAUCUUUCCCAAGAAAUUGCUCAGAUGAGGAAAGAUCAUGAGGAAAGAAGUGCCACCUUUGAUAAAGCUGAAAAGGACUUUUCAGAAAAGUUUGGCCAGGUCAAGAAGGAGAUGGAACAACUGCAAGACACUAUUGCAGAAAAGGUCUCCAUCAUAAAGAACCUUGAAGAUACCUUGAAGGAAAAGCUUGACCAACCAAAACAAAUGGAAAAACUGGCGAACCAGCAUCAGGUGGAAAUUUCUGACCUCAACAGCAAAAUAACCAAGCUGGAAAAAUCUCUCAAAGAGGAGAAAACCAGGACCAGGGAAACUAGGUACUACUUAACCCAACGGUUGGAAGAAGAGAUCCAGAAAAAUGCUGCGUUUGUCGGUUCAGAAGUAAUUCAGCAACAGAAGCAGCAAUUUGAAAAAGAAAAGAAUUCCCUCAUAAAUGAACAUCAGCUGGUAUUAAGAAAGGGGAAAAAACAUCUGGACAAGACAAUAAGGGAAUUCGAGAGAAUAAACUCUGGUCUUUUACAAGAAAUGGCUCAAAUGAAGAACCAUUAUGAGGAAAGGCUCUUCCAUCAAUUCCAGGAGAUGGAAAUUUUAAAAGAGGAGUUUGAGGACAAAACUGCUCAUCUCUGCUGGGAUAUCUUUCAAGCGGAAACAAAACUACAGGAAGAGAGGAACAUGGUAAACUGCGCUGAAGAAAUCUUCAAAUUGGAGGAAGAACAGUCAGCUAAAUUAAAAGAUGAGUUGCUCCAUGUAAAGAAAGAUCUAGAGAGUCAGAAGCAGAAAUGGGAAAAAGUACAACAGGAAGAGAGGAACAUAACAAACCUCAUCAAACAGUUUGAAGCGGAAGGUCAAGAGUCAGCUAAACUAAAAGCUGCUUUGCUCCUUGUAACGAAAGUCCAAGAGAUCCAGAAGCAGCAAUGGCAAACAGAACUCUUGAGUGCCCAUCAAACAGCCUGUGCUUUACUUGAGACCCAAAAAGAGCUGGAAGAUGAAGCACUGGAGUGGCUGAAUGAAAAGAAGGUCCUCCUCCAGCAAAUCUCUAACCUGGAGAAGACAGUUAAGAAGAAAAAGACCAAUGUCAAAAAAACGGCAAAGGCUGAUUCGAAAAAAACUGAACAGCUGCAGGUGGAGGAGCUGGAGAAAGCAAAGUCUCAAAAGAAAUCUCUUGGAAGGAGAUUUCUGAACCUUUUCAAAAAGGCCAGAAAAGUGGACUAGUAAAACUAGUCCAAUUCCUUAGGGACAGGGUUUGUCUUAGUUUGUGUUAGUUUUAGGGUUAGAGUGUAGGUAAUCCUUAGUGCGCACAGGCAUACUGACCUGGGAAAUAUUAGAAACAUGUCUGGGGAUUGAAGUAGGACCCCAGACAGAAAAACUGAAAACCGGGGAUUAGGGUAGGUGGGGUUAGAUGGUUUAAGUAGGAUUAGCUGGGGAACCCAGGUAGGAAGUGUUAAUAAAAUGUGUUAAAAAGUGUUAAUAAAGUAAAAAAAAAUAAAUAAAUAAAA